UUGAGAGGGAGGGAGAGAGAGAGCUCUAGGGUUUCUCACCACCAACUGAGUCCUCCUCCUCCUUAGCUUCUUCAACAUAUCAUACUCUUCAUUUCCAUUGAGAGAGAGAGAGAGAGAGAGAGAGAGAGAGAGAGUUUAUCAGUCCGAGCUUUUCUUAGCUAACUACGGUUUUCAGAUCUAGAGAGAUCAUGGCUACAGUAGCAGACAGUCACCAUCCUUUGGCAUUUACAUUUGGAGUUCUAGGAAAUCUAGUCUCAACCAUGGUUUACUUAGCCCCGGUGCCGACAUUUUAUCGAAUUUACAGGAAAAAAUCGACAGAAGGAUUCCACUCGGUGCCAUAUCUGGUAGCAAUGUUCAGUUCCAUGCUUUGGUUGUACUAUGCGUCGCUAAAAAAGAAUGCUAUGCUGCUCAUCACCAUUAACUCAUUCGGAAGUUUUGCAGAGAUGAUCUACAUCGUCAUCUUCGUUGUUUAUGCACCAAAGGAUGCUAGGAAGCUUACAGUGAAACUAUUUGGUAUUAUGAACGUGGGACUUUUCACCUUGAUCCUUGUCGUGUCUCACUUCCUAGUGAGUCGUGCGUACCGGGUCCCAGUUCUUGGAUGGAUUAAUGUUGCCAUUUCUACCAGUGUUUUUGCUGCGCCGUUAAGCAUUGUGUCACAAGUUAUCCGAACAAGAAGUGUCGAAUUUAUGCCAUUUAGGUUAUCAUUUUUCCUCACACUGAGUGCCAUUAUGUGGUUUGCAUAUGGAUUGUUCCUCAAGGACAUAUGUGUCGCAAUUCCAAACGUUCUGGGAUUUGUGUUGGGACUGCUUCAGAUGCUGCUGUAUGCGAUGUACCGAAACCGAAAGCAGGUGAUAAUAGAAGAUCAUGAGAAAAAGCUGCCGGCUGCCACACCAGAUCACGUGAAAAACAUUGUGAUCAUAGCCACAUUAGCAGCUUCCGAGGUUCAUCCGGCGGAUGCUCAACCGAACAAUCGCAAUGAUGACGGUGACGUUAAUAAUAACGCAGCCGUUACAGAGGCAAAGGAGCAUGAACAAACGGAUGAUCAUCGUCAUGUGGAAAAUGCUUCCGUCGAGCUUCAACCUAAUGAAACACCAUCAGCAGUGUGAUGCUGGCAAAGUCGUAUGUCGUACUUCUCGGAAAGAAAAAAACUACGAUCAAUCGAACCUCGUUUGAUGUGUAACAGCAGCAGCCGCUUGAUCACGCCAAGAUGUGGAAUGAUCUUGUUAUGUUAUAUGUUUCGUUAAUUGUCUCUUAUUUAAUUAUUAAAUUCCCAGUUCCAAGCGUGGGGACUGUGGCUGUGCUCAUCGAUGUACAAGUAUAUGUGAAUUGGAAAGCUACAGCUAUCCACGCUUGGCUUUGAAUACUACUACUCAAUAUUAAUAUCAAUUGACGUAUGCUUAAUUUAUGUCCU